AUAAAUGCGUCGACAAGGCAGCGAAGAAGUUGAAGCUGUACAGCAAUUUUUAAAUGCUUUCGGGUUUCAUGAUAGAGAUGUGAUAAAAGUUCAAGAAGGGCUAUUCCACAGCCGUCAGCUCAACGAUGUGAACGCUUCGAGAACAUGUGUAGAUCAAUUUGUUAAGAAAUGCGAACUUCGUGAUCCGAACGGAAUAAAACCGCUUCGCAAAAAAAUCGAUGCUCUGAUGAACGAAUCGGUAGAAAUGAAUUAUAUGAUGGAUUUUCUUGUGAGAUGUCGACAGGCUCACUUAUUUCAUAAUGAAACAAUAAGAAAUAGUCCGAGUAUUGGUCUGGGAUCCAUUGGAGGUACCCCGACCAAUUCGAUUCCAUCCUCAUCGCCGUUUCAAAGAAGAUCUGCAAGUCGUGGACGGGUGCUCAGCACGCUGACCGGAGACCAACAAACUCCAUCAAUUGCCGAUUCAUCGUCUCGUUCUCGUGCCAAUUCCUCAUUUACUGCCUAUGACAAUCGAAUGCUUGGAAUGGAACGCCAAUUGGCUGGAAAUAUGGCUCAACGGCCACGGAGUCCGUAUACAAUUAAUGGAAUACCAACUACGAGGGUUCAGCCGAUUAGCGCCAGCAAUCAGCUUUUUACUGCUUCCAAUGGCUUCACACCUCCAAAUCCACAUCUCCGAACAACUUCUCGUCGUGAAGAAUCACCAUCUUCCUCCGUAUUUCCACAUAAUUCAGAUUUUGAACGUAACCGUGGUGGUGCUCCGAACCGUGCUCACCAGCUCCGCCAUCCGACCACAAGCCACCUAUUGAAUACAUCUGUGACGUCAUCGAUUCGGGCGAAUGUUAAUUCCAACUCGAAUACGCCGAUUCAUUCGAGAAUCGGAAGUGCUAUAACUGAAACCGAAUCAAAUGUUUGCGAAUGCUUGCUCUCCGCACUUCUUGGCAUCGAAACUCGGCUUUUCACUCCAAUUCACAGAGAAAUGAAGAUCACAUCAACUGCUUCACUGUCAACGACCCAUCAAGCAGUGUGCUCACGUAUCCUACCAAUUGCUAAUACAUAUCUACUAUUAUCACAUAAAGAGCCCAACAACACUGGACAAAUGACUGAAGCUCUGAUGGCGGCGAUUCGACGAAUUAUUGGUGAUUAUAUCACUGAUAUUGAUGCUUUACGACGGACUAGAGGCAUCAAAUUUUAUCAAUGUCUUCCGCUUAUUGAUAUGUGGCAAAAUCGGCUGAGAUUGCUGAAAAUGGCCUAUAAAAUUAGAAAUUUGCCCCAACUGGAACUUCUCGAAAACUUGUACAUUCUGCACGCGGCGUAUAGCUUUGAUUCGGAUCAAAAAUCAAUACUUGACGUGAUUCUUGAUUAUACAUUGGGAGUUUUUUGUAAUCAAAUGAUGGAAUGGAUGACUACGGGCGAAAUUCCCACCAGUGAUAAGUGGAUUAUUGAGAAGAAUGAGCAGAGCGGAGAGCUUUUUCUGCGGAAAAUUCCAAUUUUUAUCACGGAUUCGGAUGCUAGAAUUCUUCUCGAAAUUGGAAAAUCCCUUCCACACGUUGAAUCUGCAUCAGACUCGGAUCUGGAGGCAAUCGAUAAAGCGACUACAGUAGUCCGUACUCAAUUGGGUCCCAAAGCGAUUUUCUCGAAAAUUUUGGGCCAAAUCUUGCGUAUUCUCCGUGAUGUUGUGUGUGGAAUUGUGAUGCGGAUGGUGAUGGAAACUGGACGAUUAAAGGAACAUGUACUCAAAUCAACAUCAUUCUUCUUUUUGAGUGAUCCCAGAUUUACGACCACUCUCUACACUAUUAUAAAAGAAGCAUCACAAGGACUUCGUGUUGGAAGUACAACGCUCAGCCGUCAAACUGUGUCAAGUGCACUGGCAGCCGCACUCGAAUCGUGUCAAUCUACACAAAAUAUUAGUGAUAAGGAGAAAAAAGUGAAGAAAUUGAUGUUCACACUGGAUGCGUUGACUUCGACUGGAAGCACACCAAACGUGUCGUCAAGAAUGCAAUUUGUACAACCGUUACGCCCACGCUACGCGCCUCAAAUGGACCUGAUGAAGCCCAUUUUUUCAGCCUGCGACGAUGCCUACGAAUCGAUAUUCCACGUAAUUUGGUCCAUAGAUUUGGCUCGUUGUUCAACUCAAGAUGCUUCUUCUCAAAAUCUUCCAGAAAUUCAGCGUUUCCUCAUUAAAAACUAUUCUCUUCGUGAGAAUGCCACGUGUCUUCUGAAUAUGCUCGCCCACGUGUUUUCCAUCAUAAAUUCCACGUUGCUCCGUGUCCGAUGCCACGUUUCUGUGCAAUUGGCUCGAUUUUUGGCCCGUUUUUUGGCGGCGAUCGACGAAAAAUGUGUCGACGUGGAUGACGUCAUUGCUGAGCACCGGCGAUUUGUGCAUCGUGCGACGUGUGUCGUUUUUCUCAAAAAUUCGGAUCAAAUCGAAAAAGAGCUCGCCACUCUUGUCCGUUCCACGUUUGAUGCUCAAGAAUUCACGCAGGAAUUCGGAGCCACUUGGCGUGACGUCAUCGAGAGCACUGGAAAUGAUGAGAAUGCGCGGAAAGCAAGAAUUGCGGAGAUUUGUCAGAAAAAGACGAUUGGGGCGAGGAAUUUGAUGGAUAGUGUUAAUGUUAGUGGGGGUUUGCCGUUGAAAAAUCGAUUUUUUUUUUGCGAAAAUUUGAAUUUUCCAGGAUUUUUGAGCCUAAAAUUGAUUUUUCCGCAGUUUUUUGACCGAAAAUUAGUUGGUGGCCUAACUUUUUGGAUUUCUAGGCCACCAAAAAAAUUUCAAAAUUUCAAAUUGUACAGCAAAGAAAAAAGAAAAUUCACAAGAAAAACAAUUUUUAACCGUUUUUUUUUGUGUUUUUCACACAUUUUUGGCCUUUUUUUGGUGAAAAUUCGAAUCUUCUAUAAUUUUUGAGUCUAAGAUCGAUUUCUCCGCAGUUUUUUGAUCAAAAAUAAAUUGGUGGCCGAACUUUUCGGGAUUUCUAGGCCACGUGUUGAAAUUUUUAGGAUCUGUGACAUUUUUGACGAAAAGUAGCUUUAAUAUAAUUUCCGUUAUGAAAAUAAAAUUUUCGGCAGGUUUUAGAUCAAAAAAUGCAUUGAUGGCCGAACUUUUCGGGAUUUCGGGAUUUCGGGAUAGGCCACCAAGUGGAAAAAUUCCCGAUUUUUUGUGUAGUAUAAGUCGAAAUUUCAUUUUCACUACUUGGAUUUUUAGGCCAUCAGCUGAAAAUUGAUUAAACAAAAAGUUGAAGUUGGCGGCCGAAAUUGUGCGAUUUCUAGGCCACCAAUUUCGAAAAUUUUGAAUUUUUCGUUCAAAUCUUGAAAUUUUAGCCUAAAAUUAGCAAAAAUCGCUUCGAUUUUCAACCAAUUUAUCGCAAGAAAUUUAACUUUUUCAGACAACUCAACGUAAGCUCAAUGAGCUGCUCGACGAACAAAUCACCUACGGAAAUGAUGCUCUUUUGGAUUGAUUUUUAAAUUUAUUUUCUCCUUUCUCUGUCGUACAACUUUCUUUUAAUUUAUUCUACAAACUUUAUUACGAAUGUGGCCUUUUUCUCUUUUUUAUAAUUUUUCUGCCAAGUUUUCCGUUCAAAUUAAAU